CAUACCCAACCUAUUAUUAAUGGGUCUACCGGAAUUUGGAUAUAAUUACCCAUGGGCGGGUAAUUUGACAUCCCUAUCGAGUGUUGCAUUGAUAAGUCUUGAGACCACUUGGGCAAUGGAAUUUCCGUUUGUGAAUGUUUUUUUUUUUUUUUUGUGAACCGGUUUAUGAAAUUCCAAACAGGCCGGAAAGAUGUUUCCUUUCCGUAGAGGGAAAGAGAUGGAUCGUACACGUUGCGAUAUGUGGGCUGGGCUCAAUUCAGUAACCGGAUCCAAUGAUACGGUCAGAGCCCAACCAGCCAACCCACUGCAGCAGAAAAGGGAAAAUCGCAAACCAAAAAAAAAAAAAAAAAAAAAACGACUCCGACGAAGCGAUCUGUUCUGUACUUCUGUUUACAGCGCAUCCAUUCCACAACCAAACACCCAAAACAGCACAGAUUUUGAACCAUGGUAGAGAAGAGAAGAGAAGAGAGAGCGAGCCCAUGACGGCAGCAACGAACGUUUGAUUACUGAAAUCGAUUAGCUGCCUCCGGUGUUUUUGUUAGUUUCUAUGUCCGCCGGGCGAAGACGGAGAUCACUGCCGCACCGCAUCUUUGUCCCAUCUCCCUCACCGACCAACUUGAUUCACUCAAUUCCCCUCUGAAACGUCGCCAUCGCUGCCCAGUCCCCCGCCUCCCACGCCAGCGGCCGGCAGCAUCAACGCCCAACGCUGCUACUCAUCAUCUGAAAUCCCAAGGCGGACUCUGCUACUUCUCUCUCUGACUCCGCCUCUCCACUUUCCCCCCCAAAAAUGGCGACCAACUUGCCGAUGACUCCUCAGAUGGAGCAGAUCCACGGCGAGAUCAACGACAAUUUCCGAGCUCUCUCAAAUGGGUUCCAGAGGCUUGAUAAGAUUAAAGAUUCUAAUCGGCAGAGUAAGCAGCUCGAGGAGCUUACUGGCAGGAUGAGAGAAUGCAAAAGAUUGAUUAAGGAGUUCGAAAGUGAAAUCAAAGAUGAGGGGACCAGAAAUCCACCCGAGGUCACUAAGCAACUUAAUGACGAGAAGCAAUCCAUGGUUAAAGAGCUGAAUUCCUAUGUGGCCUUGAGGAAAACGUACAUGAGUACUAACAAGAGGGUUGAACUAUUUGAUACUGGAGCUGGGGCCAGUGAACCUAUGGCGGAAGACAAUGCCCGUAUGGCAUCAGCUAUGUCAAAUCAAGAACUUGUUGAUGCUGGAAUGAAGACAAUGGAUGAGACUGAUCAGGCCAUUGAGCGCUCCAAAAAGGUUGUUCAACAAACAGUAGAAGUGGGCACUCAAACUGCUGUUACUUUAAAAGGACAAACUGAGCAAAUGGAACGAAUUGUUAAUGAGCUGGACACAAUUCAGUUUUCAAUUAAGAAGGCCUCACAGCUGGUUAAGGAGAUUGGGAGGCAGGUGGCAACAGAUAAAUGCAUUAUGCUUUUCCUGUUCCUUAUUGUAUGUGGUGUAAUAGCCAUAAUCAUUGUGAAGAUUGUGAACCCAAACAACAAGGACAUCAGAGACAUUCCUGGACUGGCACCCCCAGCCCCUGCCAGGAGACUAUUAUAUCUAAGGGAUCCAAAAAACCCAUAAGAGUAGGUUCAUUCAUCCUUUUGAAAACUGCAGAAGAAUAGUAAUUCCCAUCCACUACUUUCCCAAAAUCAGCAUGAUGAGUUUGAAGUGGAAGGAAGAAUCCUGCUUGCUAUCGGCGCUAUGUAACCCCAUUCUUGAUUGCUUUGCUUGGCAUAUGAUGUGCAUAUUUCAUUUGGUGAGUGUUUGUUUACUAUAUUUGUUGCAGUAUCUGAGAUCUGCCAUGACCUGUAUUCUUUUUCCCUGUAAAACCACUUCCUAGCUGCUUUUAGUUGUUUUGAGGCAAGACAAGGCGCAUUCACUGAGUUUGUUCAUUAAGUGGUUCUUUCUGUGUUCGGUUAAGGUUCUUAUUCUGGGUUAGUUCUCGAAGCGUGUAUGCUACGUACUCGUGUGAUUAUGUUGUUUGUUAUAUUCGGUUCUGUUCUCGUAUAUCCAUCCAUUCUUUGCAAGAUCAUCCACACAGUAUGCUGAAAUCAGUAACGAUUUGUGAUUAUGUAAUUGAAAUAGUUUAGGUUUCUUUUGAAGUAUGGUUAAUAGUGUUGGUAUGCAACCGUGUGGCAUACUGGCAUGGGCAGAAGUGCAGUCGCUAAAAAAUCAGUAUAUUUGAAGUUGGUGACAUGAGUACACGAGAUCCAAAGAACUAGGACUGCUGCUCCAACCCCUAUCUGUGCUGAAAAAUGCGAGUAAACACGAGCAAAAUCUAACCAAGCAGAAUUGAGAGAGAUAUGGGCAGCAUACAGACUAUCAAACUUAGCAUUCUCUACUCUCUACGUUUAGAUUCACGAGCAAAGCAAUAACGUUGGCGGGAUGCAAUAUAAGGGAGUCGGUUCAUCUGGCGAGCGUCCAAUAUGGAGGAUGCAAUCGGAGGACGAUAAUGUGUUUGCUCCUCCACUGCCAUCAACGUCGUUAUUAGGGACAUGCAUACCAGAAGACUUCUCCAGUUUCCACUCCUGUUGACCAUGCAAAAACCAAUCAGCAAGCUUGCAAGUAGAAGCGGGAGUUGCAGAAAACAACACUAGUGAAAACUAGGGGUGCUAUACUAGUUAGACUAAACAGUUUUCAGGUUUUACAGUAUAUCAGUUUGGUUCUAAAUUCAUGCUUCUAGUGACGGACAUUUCCAAAAAACUUAUGAGUGAAAAACAGUAAAAUCACGGGUUUCAUCGAUGGCGAUCUUUUCUGAUGGGGCCUCAUCUGUUGCAGUCGACGACGAUUGGUCAUGGGCCUCUCUGUUUGGAACUUUGAAGAAAAAUCGCCUAGAGUACUACAAGCCAGAGUUUAUCAAUGGGUCUCUAAAAAUUCCAAAAUCUGUAAUAGUGGAAGGUGCAAAGUGAUUGGAGAACAGUCUCGUCAACCAGUUUUUGGGGUCUCCGUUGUCCCUAGCAACAAUACGAUUUUGGGCGAAUUAGCUAUGGGGACGAGAGGGAGAGGUUAAGCGCAGAAGUUAAUCUGCUAACGGCUAUAUUAUAUAGCAGAUACUAACAUGGCUGGAUUUGGUGUCACUCACGUCAGCCCAUAUUUGAUCCAAUGGAGGAGAGACGGGCUCGUUGGUGGCUCACUUAAGUGAGAUGGAGAUGGGCUUCGGGUAAAAGCAGGCCCAACGUGCGGCGCAAAAGGCGAGCCGAGGAAGUGGCUUUGUGGGCCCACUUCAGUUUGGGCGGGAUUUUGGAGAGGAGUGAAGAGAGAACGAAAAUUGUGGGCCCGCAGUCCAUGUGAUAUUUAUGUAUGUUUGUUUGUGGGAUAUUUAUUUGUUUUCAGUCGAUAUUAUUCUCUGUUGUGUUGAUAUUACUUUGCAUCAUUGUUGAAAUGAACUAGUAUUCUUCCUUCGCAAACCAAUAUCCAUAAUUAAACUAAUAUUUACCA